AUUGUUUGGAAUAAAUAACAUAUGAUUAUCUCACUUCAAAAGUUUCCCAUUUGAAUUUUUAUUUCACAAAAAACAUUUACCGAUGGCCGAUAGCGCAAGUGAACUAGAAAGUGAUUGUAGUUCUAUUGAUGGAACAUCAAAUUUGAAAACGCAAAUACCUACAAGUAAAGAGCAGAUGCAUAUAAGAAUUGAAUCUCUCCAACAAGAGUGCAAAGUUCUCAAAGUUGAAUUAGAAACAUACAAACUUAGGUGUAAAAAUCUGCUGGAAGAAAAUAAAAAUUUACGAAAGGCAAGCGUUUCAAUUCAAGCUAAAGCUGAGCAGGAAGAGGAAUUCAUUAGCAACAUGCUGCUCAAGAAGAUUCAAGUCCUAAAGAAAGAAAAGGAGGCUCUAGCCAUGAAUUAUGAACAGGAAGAAGAGUUUUUAACGAAUGAUCUGAGCCGAAAAUUGUGCCAGCUGAAACAAGAGAAAGUUCAAUUGGAAAAAACAUUGGAACAGGAACAAGAGUUACAGGUCAACAAAUUGUUGAGGAAAAUUAGGAAAUUGGAAGCUGAAACUUCUAACAAGCAGGCCAAUUUGGAACAACUACGCCGUGAGAAAAUCGAGUUGGAAAACACUUUGGAACAAGAACAGGAAGCGUUGGUCAAUAAACUAUGGAAAAGGAUGGAAAAAUUGGAAGCCGAGAAAAGACUCUUGCAAGAGAAGCUGGAUCAACCCGUGAGUGAACCCCCUUCUCCUCAACCGCCCCCUUCCGGAAGUUCUUCGUACAACGCUGGCGCGACCAGUUUGAAAGUAGGCGGAAACCAUAGCAAUACUACUGGAAAGUCGGAGGCGGCUUUACUGACGCGUCACGUACAGCACCUCAAAAACGAGGUGGCCAAACUCAAGAGACAACUCAACGCUACCAAGGAUACACAUUACGAAAAAAUGGAUCAAAUAAGUCGAGAGGAGCAAAAUAUAAAAAAUGAAAGCCAGUGCAUGAGGAAAAAAUAUUUGGAAGAGGUGGCUCUAACUCGAACCCUGUCGGAAAGUGAAUCGAGUAUCGAUAUGGAGGAAGAUUCCAAGUUUAUGGACCAUUCCCCUCGGAUCAAAGGUGGUAGCGGCCAAUUUCAUCCUUUCCACCCUACCCAAUUUCACAAUACCCUGAGUAACUCGAACACGUUCAAUAACUACCCAUCUACCCCUAGAGCCAGAAAUAUCGCGAGCCCUUCUUUCAACCUACUUAAUUCUAACAUGAACACUACAUCGUUCGGCGCAAAUCCGAACAAUAGUAAUAGUGGCAAUAAUAAUAACAGCACCGGCGGCGGGUUGAACACCAGUUUUUUAUCUAACCGAUCAGUUUCGCCUAUGAACAUAAUAACCUGUCAAAACGCCCACUUUCUGAACAAAUCCCACCAGCAUUUGUGUCCUAACUGUGGCUAUUCAUUCCCUUGCCCUCCGCUCGUACCUCAAUCCAAUUUCAUGUCCAUGGAUGCGAUUUCCUCCACGACGAACGCUAAUCUGAACUGCCCAAAAACGAAGCAACGUAGCCCAUCAGCCGAGCUUUUCGCUAAACCGCCUGCUCCUCCUUCACAUUCCUCAGCCUUGGUUACGCCACCCAUGACUCAUUCUAAUUCCUACCCCAUAUCCACUAACCAAGAAGCAUCGAUUUGCCCCUCUACCUUGACGAAACAUGGUGGAAUCGCGUCAAAACCUCGACAAGACGACAGCGCGAAAACCCCGCCUUCGAAUUCAUUCAGGACGGAAAAGGAAGGGGAUUCUUUUACAUGAUAGAUAAAAAUAUGGAAAA